CAAAAAUUAAACCCAGCUCCUCUCGGCUCUCCUAGUGUGGAAAUAGCUGUUGCUCUGUACAAAACACAGCGCCAAAAUUUCAAAGCUAAGCGGCCGGAAUGGACACAUACACUUCUCUACUCGAAAGAACUCGGGUACCACAACCCUCCCUCCAAAAAUUCGCGGUUAUUUCACUCUUCUCGAAGCUACGAUCCGCCCCGAAACACCUCGACCCGGACUCCGACCCUGGGCGAUAUGCUAUCUCCUACUGUCUCCACUCCUCAUCCCCUGCCGUUAUCGAUCAGACGGUUCGGGAACUCUGUCGUCUCGUCUUGGACUCUAAAUUGGAUUUAUCUCGCGGGUUUUUGGAGCUCCAGUCCGCACUUGAAGGCGGAGAUGAGAAAUUCGUUGGAGUGUUUGUUAAAGGACUCGGGUUUUUAAUUCGGGUCGGGUUUGUGAGGAACCGUGGGUCUUGGCGGUUUGGUUCUACUGAGAGUCAUCCGUUUGUUAAAAUAUUAUUGUGCAGAAGUGAGGUUCAGUCUGAAUUGGUACAGCAAGUUCUAUUGUUUAUGGCAAAGAACAGGCAGUACGGAAUGUUGGAAGUUUGCAAAUUCUUAAGACCCUUAUUGAAUUUUUCAAUUCUACGUACACCCUUUUCCAAUUCUACCUCAACUUCGUUUACAAGGCAGUUAAUAUCAUCAAUGGCUUCAUUUUGCUGUACCUUCCCUGAUGAGGGCUUGCCUGUUCUUAAGUUACUGAUGGAUUGCCUCAAGUACUUUCCACACAAGAAUUCGGAUGAAACGUGGGACCGUUACCAUAAUUGGGAAUGUGUCGUAGAUGCUUAUGCCGUAGUUUUGAGACACUUGAUUCAAACUAAUUUGAUGGUCAGUGAGGGACAACUUUUUGGAGUGGAACUUUCAGAGACUAUUCUUUCACUAUUAACUCAUUGUCAUGGGCAUUCUGGUGGUACUUGGCCUUUUGUUGAAAUAGUGAAGCGCUUGAUUGUUGUUCAAAAAGAUCUUGCUUUGUGUUAUACACCUGAAUUAUCAUCAGUAAUGCUGUCCAUAUUUGCUAUACUUAUUCAAUCUGAUCUUGAACAUGAACAGCUCUCUUUGUUGAAACUUCUAAUCUUCCUUUUAAGAUGGAAAAGUGAAAACGAAUAUGCAUCUGAUAGUACCAAAUGUACAUUGAGUGAAGAGGUCUUAUUAACAUUCCCUGUUAUCAACCUAAUGUCAUCAACAUCAAAAUCUAUCAAAGCAGCGGCAACUGAUUUGCUUGUCAUGUUAGAAAAGCUUCUAGUAAGACAGGUCAGAGCAACAAUGAUUGAACUAGUUACAGAAAGGAGGACACCAUCUAGCAGCUCACUUGGGUCUAUUGUUUAUAGACUCCUGCACCAUAUUUGGUUUCAGGACCAUUCGCAGUCAACUUCGUUCUUUGUAAAUUUUGCUUCUAGCGGUGACAAAGGAAUGAAUGAUCAAACAAGGAUGUGGGCUUCUCAAUUAAAAGAAUAUUAUUUGCAGAUUAAUGACAAAAGAAAAUUGUCCCUUCAUAUCUCGCAGGCUCAAGAAACUUUUUUAAUUGAAAUGCCCCGCUUGCUCAGUGCAAUUACUGGUGCUUUGGCAUUGCAUCACUCACUUGGUGACAUUGCAAUAGACUUGUUGGCUACCAUUGGGGUUAUGGAUCCUAAGCAGGGAGUUCCAUUAUUACUAGCUGUUCUAUUUUACAGUAACAUUUUCACCAGAAAUGAUAUGAAUAAUCAAGAUAUGUUGCCAAAACUUUUGAUGAUGCUUCCAUCAUUGGCUUCACAUUUUGCAAUGAUGCCACUCAUAGUUCAGACUAUCUUGCCGAUGCUUCAAAAGGAUGGCAAACCAGUGUUGUAUGCCACUGGUGCUCGUUUGCUUUGUCAGACCUGGGAAAUUAAUGAGCGUGCCUUUGGCACUCUACAGGCAGUUUUACUUCCAAAAUGGUUCACUGAAUUCAAGUCUGAGAGAACAAUCUGUAUGGCUCUGGCUACUUCCAUUAGAGAUGUUUGCAGGAAAAAUCCUGAUAGGGGCGUGGACAUUAUCUUGUCUGUUGAGGCUUGCAUUAAAAGCCGGGAUCCUAUUAUUCAAGGUGUAGGUCUACAAAGUCUAGCCCAUCUAUGUGAAGCUGACGUAAUUGAUUUUUACACUGCCUGGGAUGUCAUUGCAAAUGAUGUGCUAGACUACUCCUCAGACCCGGUUCUUGCACAAAGCAUAUGCAUGCUUUUGAGAUGGGGUUCCAUGGAUGCCGAAGCAUAUGCAGAAGCUUCAAGGAACGUCUUACAAAUUUUGUGGCAUGUUGGCGUCUCCAUGCCUGGAAAUGAUGGUGUACAAUGGGCAAAGACAAGGGCCUGUGCGUUUGAGGCUUUGUCCCAAUAUGAGGUUUCUCAUCUAGAAAAAGGAAUUCCAGAUUUCAAGAGAAAGAACACAGAUUCGCUUUUGUCUGAGACAGACAUAAUUGUAGUAAAGGCCAUGGAAGGAUUACAAAUGAAGAUUAUCUCACAUGAACACAUGAAUAGACGAAGAUUGGUGAAGGAGAGAAAAAUCACAGGAAGCAAGAUUGAGAAAUUGCUGGAUGUUUUUCCGCAUGUUCUCUUCCCUUCAGGAAAGAAAAGCAAUGUUGGUCAGCUACCUGGCGCGGCUCUAUUAUGCCUUUCCUUUACUCCUAAAGAUGAGAACAGCUUAGGAAUGUCAAAAGGGAAUCUAGAUGUCCAUGCUGCAUAUGAGAAUACACUUGUAGAAAUAGCUUCAUCUCUUCAUCUCUCAAGAAAUAUAUUUAUUGCCCUUCUUUCUCUCCAAUCUUGGAAAGUCUUCAUGCGGCGUUGGAUGAGGGCUAAUAUUUUAUCGAUGGAUCCAAAAACUGGAGCUGCUGGACUAGAUAAAAUUUCUAAAGCUGCUACCAAAAUCCUGAAGAGUAUGAUGCAACUUGCUGAAGAAUCUAUCCCACGAUCUGCUGAAAAUAUUAUAUUGGCUGUUGGUGCACUCUGUUUGGUCUUGCCUUCGUCUGCUCAUACUAUUAAGUCAACUGCUUCAAAGUUUCUGUUAAAUUGGCUGUUCCAGUAUGAACAUGAACAUCGCCAAUGGUCAGCUGCUAUAACUCUUGGACUCAUCUCAAGUUGUUUGCAUGUAACUGAUCAUAUGCACAAAUUUCAAAAUAUCAAUGGGCUUGUUAAGGUUUUGUGUGUCAGCAAGAGUACCCUUGUGAAAGGAGCAUGUGGAGUAGGGUUGGGCUUUGCAUGCCAAGAUCUCCUUACUAGGGCUGAAGCUGCUGAUAAGGUUGAUGUAGAGAGAGAAACAUACAAGAUUCAGGAGGUUGAACUAUUGGGGAAGAUAGUUAGGACAUUAUUUCUAAUGACAAGUCAGCUCAGUCAAGCAUCAUAUGAUAUCCUAGAAGGUUUGUCUGUUUAUUUUCCUCCAGGUGCUGAUGAUUUGGGAAUCAAUAUGACUUCGAAACUGUUGCUUGAGAAGUGUGAUGACCUGGAGGAAGAUAUAUGGGGUAUUGCUGGUCUUGUCAUUGGCUUGGGAAACACUAUUGAUGCAAUAUACAGAGCUGGGGCACAUGAAUUAGUGCUUAAGAUUAAAGACUUGAUUAUUUCAUGGAUUCCACAUGUAGAUUCUCUAUUACUUAACUCUGGUUUAUCCAGUGAAGGAGUAGAUAAGUUCUUGUCUAUAGGGUCCUGUCUUGCACUUCCUAUCAUUGUGGCUUUCUGUCGAAGAAUGGAAAUAAUGAAUGAUGAUGAGCUGGAUCAUCUAGUCAAUGGCUACACUGAGCUCAUAUCUGAAUUGGUGUCUGUGAAAAGGUUUGGUGCUUUUCAUCAAAGCUUAUUGGCAGCAUCAUGUGUUGGGGCAGGAAACCUACUAGCUUGCAUUUUAAAUGAAGCUGUGCAUCCUAUUGAAGUGGAUCUAUUAAAAGGUUUGCUGGAUCUGCUUAGAAAAUGUUACUCUAAUUCUUACCCUGCUCUUGUCCAUUUGGGUGGAAUGCUUGGAGUAGUUAAUGCUAUGGGAGCCAGUGCAGGAAUUUUGUUUCAUGGUCAUCAUUUCUCAUCUUCAGUAAAGACUGGUUUUGAGCAAAAGGAAUCUUCUUAUAUCUUGGGGCCUUUACUUUCAAGCCCCAUUUGUGAUCCAAAUUUGACAGCAUUAAUUCAAGAAAUAUUCUUUGUUGCUCAAAAUUCUGAUGAUCUCCAAAUGAAACAAAAUGCAUCUUGGGCAAUUUCAUUCCUCCGACAUCUUUUGUGGUCCGAGGAAUUAUUAAAAAUAAAUAAUGCUCAGAUUGGGGUUGCUGAUUCCAAAAUGGCUUCUCACAGUUUUAAUGAAGAUAGUUUAGUUAUGAAGCUGUCGCUGUGGCUAAUGCAGCUGCAUUUUUCUGCGGCCAGUAAAGCUGUUCCUGUCAGCACUGUAGCAGCAGUUUUAAGAUGCCUUACAGCCGCUCCCAGAUUGCCUACGAUGGAUUGGGGGUCAAUAGUUAGACGCUGCAUGAGAUUUGAGGCUCAGGUUUCCGAGUCCUUGCCCCCAGAUUCUGCUCUAAGGAUGGGAACUCUUAGGGAGGAAUGUAUUCAAUUCUCAAUUGCCCAUGCAAAUCAAUUUGAUGCCCUCCUGAUGUUCCUUGACGAACUCUCUGAUCUGUCUAGGUUGAAGACUCUAGAGCUUAAUCUGCAGUCACUUCUGCUAGCACAUCUUGCUGAGCUGGCAAAGAUAUUCUCAGGUUCCAGGCUAGAGAAAUUAUUCGAUGACAUUGCUGAGUUCUUUUAUUCAGCUUCUUCAUGCGGAGUGCACAACUCUGGUCAAGAAAGCUCUUUGAGGAUGUCAUGCUGGAAGGGUCUUUGUCAGUGCCUAGAUGAUGAUUCCCUCAGCUCUCUAGAUUACAUGCUGAAAGCUGAGAAGUGUAUGGAAGUCUUGUUUUCCUUGUUGCCCACAUCAAUGUCAGCCGCCAUUAUAGAAGUAGAUAUGCUAAACCCUGUAAAAGAGUGGCAUGAAGUAGUCAAAUGUUUAGCAAAGGCUCGAGGGGAUUGGUUGUUGAACUUCCUGCAGGUUCCAUUGGUAUAUCAAUCACGCGAGGAUGUAAAGUUCGAUGCAGUCCUAAGGAAGAUUGUAACAAAAGUCAAGCUAGCAAGGAUUGGUUCCAUCUCGUGGACAGAGAUAGGAAGAAUUAAGGCUUAUAUUUUGAAUUCUAAAUCAGACGUUACAGGUAUUUGGAAUGUGCUUGUUGAAGUAGUAGCAGCUUUGCAGCACGCCGAGGGAAGUGUCAGAAGACAGUGGCUUCUAGAUGCAGUGGAAAUAAGCUGUGUAUCAAUUUAUCCUUCAACAGCGCUUCGAUUUCUUGGUCUCCUAUCUGGUAGCUGCUGCAAAUAUAUGCCUCUUCUAAUUCUAGACAGAUUAACUGUAUUGAGUGAUCUACCGGUUACCCUUACCUCUCUUUUGACAGAUUCCGGUUGGGAAACUAUUGCAGAAUCCGUUGUUUCUUAUCUGUAUGCUUCUACGAAACGCAUAUAUUGCUGGGCUACCAACAUGGUACUCCUUGAUGAUACACCUAGUUUGCACCCUAUAGAUGACAGCGAAAAGGAUGUGCUUCCUUUUCUGUUGUCUGUGAUGCAUCAUACCUCUUUAUCUUUGAAAGAGUACUUGCCUCUGGACAAGCAGCUUAGGCUUGCUGACAUGGUAGUCAGUCCUGGAGAAAUUCUUCACGACCUGGAAAAUGAAUCCGAUCAUGUAUAAUGACUUCUGUUUUCUGACAAGGGGGUGAAUGAGCACGCAUAUGACUCUAAAUAUAGGCAACUUAUAGCAGCAGUAUUUAUUUUUUUUGUUUCUUGAAACAGUCAAUGGCCUGUCAACUUCUGUUGUAAAAUUUACUCGUUAAAUUAUGUAACGUUCUGUUGAUGAAUUCGUAACAUUAUCAUUAAUAUGGUCUUUCUGCUGCCGAUUGUAGAAGUGUUCUGCAGUUUCUUAUUUAAUACAGAAAGAACAGUAAUUUGAGAUUG